AUGUCGACGCCCUCGCGGUCCUCGUAUCAUCUUCGCUUGGGCAGCGUCCACGGCGAUUUCUACGACGGUCGCUCUUCCAGGUCCCGCGCCCCGCCUGUCAGCUACGAAGAUGCGUAUUCCUACGCCUUGCGAGUCGCCUUCCUUCGCUACAUCCUCCAGCCCAGGAAAAAGAGGAAGGAGUAUGUCGCUGCUCCCAAGCGCCUCCAGCGCGCCCACUCGUCGAGCAUCAGCGAGCUGGUCAAGGAGAUCGGGCCCUCGGGUCACCCUGCCGCAAAACUGCCCUCAAACUUCAGCCGUACCCUGGCCAAGCGCAUGUCUGGCGUCGUCACCGGCGCCGAAAAAUUGCCCGGCUAUAACGAUGCCUCUCUGAAGAGGAGCUUCGCCGAAGCAUACACAGCCUUCACGGCCAAGGAGUUCCAGAAGAGCCUCGAUAAGGACAGGAAGGUUGAGGACCUCGUCCUGAUAUUCUAUUCGGCAGCUACCAAGGCCCAGGGGCGGGGAAGGCCCCCGAUGAUCACUCGUGGAAGGCGUUGGUAG